GGUGUUACAACUGUUACCGGCUGCGCCGACGGGUUGUGACCAUACCAAAUACGAGAGAUAAAUUACCAUCAUGGUAAAGUGGAUCCUGCACGUCCAGUCGGGUCCGGUUGUGGCUGUGGCUGUGUUAUGUCUACAGUCUGUGACUCUCCGACUCGGGACUCUGGGGUGUUAUCCGAUCUGCCCGUUCCCCAAGCAUGGGUCAUGCAUUGGUUUCUAUUCGUACAGGUGUUCGACACCUCGUUGCAGACCCCUGCAUGAGCAAAAGAAAAAUUUUCUUUUCACGACCCAACAGUGAUACGGAGUGUGGAGGAGGAAGGUAGAUCUGACAGCUGCAAUGCGAUCUCGCCAAGUACCUAAACUACCCGACCGGCCAAUUAAGGUGCUGACACGUUACGCCCCAUCCCAUCCCAUCCCCCUAUUGUUCUAGAAAUCCCUCUCAGAUAGUCAACUAGCAUAGCUGAAUGAAAGAGAAAAAAAAAUUUUCACUCGACGAACUUCGCGCUGUUGAGUCGACUAUGUCGUCAGCUAUACCCACCAUUCAGCAGUGUUGGGGAUGAUGUUCAGCGCUUGUUGUCAACAGGCAGACAUGUGAAGCAGACUGAAGCAGAUUGACCGACUCUCCGAGGCAGAAACAUUCUAUGGUAGGUAGAUAGAUAGAUAGUUGGUCUGUAUUCAGUAGUACUACAGUACUAUGUACUACUAAGUGUGAAAAUAUGGGGGAGGCAAAAAGGUGUCAAAGCCCAGACCGAAUACCCCAGACUCUUCCUCUUUUGCUCAACAAAAAGUGGCCCAUACUGCGGGCCAGGCCAGUGCUGCUAUGUACUCCGUACUCAGAGUCAGAAAAAAAAAAACGAAAAGACCACUCCCUGUCCUAUUUUUUUUAUUUCUGACUCCCGUUAUCGAUUGCCGG